AUGUUGACUUCGUCUCCCAUCGCAUCAAGGGCAACGGGCGCAUCCCCCGGGACUUUCCACUAUGCACCUAACAGGUCUCCUCAUCAGUCCCCCAGGGUUACGGCACCUUUGCCGCGCCGACACUCGAAGCAUGCCGUUCCGCAGUCGCCUUCGGCGGCAGCAGCCCCUCUGAAGUCGCCGUCACUGUCCGUGUCGCAACCGAAGCCGAAGCAGUAUGUGGGCGUCGAUGCCGCCACCCAGUACUCGCCCAUGGAACCUUUCGAUCCCACGGUGCCCCUCCGAGCCGUUCGGCCCUCCACAAUUGUGUCCAUCGACGAACCGCAUCCAGCACCCACCGUAGCAGCAUCAGCAUCGACAUCCGAUCCGGCGUCCACGUUCGCAGACCCGCCGCCUGAACCGAAUAUAUCUCCAAUUAGGCCUGAGCAUGUGAAGUCAGAAGCCAAUCCUCUAACGCCCCCGAAAAGGCGCAACUCACAAGACCUCGUCAGGACCACGGCUUCUUCAUCUGCCGUAUCCGCCGUGACACAAAGCCAAACCAGCUCACCGAAACGCGUCAAACCCUCUCAGGGUCCUCCCAAGGCAUUGCCUUUGAAAUACGAGUUUUGCGACGUGGAGGACAUGGUGGUGUUGAUCUCCAACAUGCUCGCCGAGCUCAUCGAGACCAACGACUCGAUAGCCAUGAAAAGUGGCCAUCUCACAAGAUUCCAUUCUAGAACUGCGCCAGGAAUCUCCGUUGUAGACUAUCUACACCGACUCGCGAAACAUGCCACUCUCACGCCCCCUCUCCUUCUAUCAAUGGUAUAUUAUAUCGACCGCCUGUGUGCAUUAUAUCCGGAUUUUUCCAUUAACACUCUGACCGUGCACCGUUUCUUAAUCACAGCGGCAACGGUCGCGGGGAAGGGGUUAUCCGAUUCGUUCUGGAACAAUACAUUUUAUGCUAGGGUGGGGGGAGUGAAGGUUGCGGAGCUGAAACUACUAGAACUCGAGUUCUUGUAUCGAGUGGAUUGGAAGAUUAUACCCAAUCCCGAGGUGCUGGUUGCGUACUAUAAAGGGCUGGUCGAUCGCUGCCCGGGAUACAGUUUGCCGGAAGAUGACGAGAUGGCUCCCAGUAUAGACGUAGGUGAAACUGACGAUUCUGAUGAUAUGGAUGACAUGGACGGCUGCGAGUCGGAACAGGACAACAUGAAUGAGGAGGCAGAUGCAACCGCAAGUUAG